AAUGUGUUGGCCAGCUUCUCAAGGAAACUCUUCUUCCGUUUAGGUAAAUGGAAGAGCUGGAGACACGGAAAGCCCACAGAAUAGAACAAAUGGUGGCAAGAUGGCUCCGGCGCUCCCGGGACAGCUCCGCCCGGGCUAAAGUCACUGCAGCCGAUGGGUCCCCUGGGAUCCCAACCCAGACCCUCAUCCCUGUGAAGCACACAGUAAAAGUAGACAAAGAUGCCCUCCUGCAGGACUAUGGGUUUCACAUUUCCGAGAGCCUUCCCCUCACAGUGGUGGCCGUCACACCAGGAGGCUGCGCUCACGGCAAGCUUUUCCCCGGCGAUCAGAUCCUCCAAGUGAACAACGAGCCGGCUGAAGACCUCUCCUAUGAACGAGCAGUGGAUAUCCUGAGGGAAGCUGAAGAUUCUCUUUCCAUAACAGUUGUUCGCUGCACGUCGGGAGUCCCCAAGUCAUCCUUCCUGACCGAGGAGAAGAGAGCCAGGCUGAAGACCAACCCUGUGAAGGUACACUUCGCUGAGGAAGUGCUCGUCAGCGCACACAGCCAGGGAAAUUCUCUGCUGUGUAUGCCCAACGUGCUCAAGCUGUACUUGGAGAAUGGACAGACCAAAGCUUUCAAGUUUGAAGCAGACACCACUGUGAAGGACAUCAUCCUCACGGUGAAGGAGAAGCUGUCGAUCCGAUGUACGGAGUACUUUGCGCUGGUCCUAGAAGAGCAGUACAACGUCUCACGGCUGCACCUGCUGCAUGAGGAGGAGCUCAUCCAGCAGGUGGUGGAAAAGGAAGAGUUACAAGACUACCGCUGCCUCUUCAGGGUAUGUUUUGUUCCCAAGGACCCCCUGGACCUCCUGAAAGAAGACCCCGUGGCCUUUGAAUACCUCUAUCUGCAGAGCUGCAGCGACGUGCUCCAGGAGCGCUUUGCUGUGGAAAUGAAAUGCAGCUCUGCGCUGAGACUUGCGGCCCUGCACAUCCAGGAGCGGAUCUACGCCUGCGCCCAGCCACAGAAGAUCUCUUUGAAGUACAUAGAGAAAGACUGGGGCAUAGAGAACUUCAUUUCUCCAACGUUACUCCGAAACAUGAAAGGCAAAGACAUCAAGAAAGCCAUAAGCUUCCACAUGAAGAGGAACCAGAAUCUGCUGGAACCCCGACAGAAGCAACUUAUUUCCGCUGCCCAGCUACGUUUAAAUUAUCUACAGAUCCUUGGGGAACUCAAGACAUACGGCGGGAAAAUCUUUAAUGCUACUUUAAUGUUACAGGAUAGAGAAUCCUAUGUUGCCCUUCUAGUGGGAGCCAAGUAUGGGAUUAGCCAGAUUAUCAAUAGCAAACUCAACAUCAUGUCCACGUUGGCCGAGUUUGCAAACAUCAGCCGUGUGGAGCUGACAGAAGAGUCUGAGAAAGUGAGCGUGGUCAAAGUGUACCUGCAGGACAUCAAGGUUCUGACGUUGCUCCUGGAAUCCAACAGUGCAAAAGACCUGGCCUGCCUGGUCGCUGGGUACUACAGGCUGUUUGUCGACCCGGUUACCUCCAUCUUCCUCUGGCCGGGGAACAAACAGCAGGUGCACCGAGUGUCUGCUGAGGAAGGCUACGAGUCCAGGGCGUGCAGUGACUCAGAGGAGUCCUCCGAAGUGGACUGCGUGCUGGAGCCCCUCUCUGACCAACACCUGCCAAGGCCGGGCCCCUGCAGAUCGCCCGCAAAAGAGGAGCAGCCCCCCGGGGACAGCCCCACGCCUGAGGUGGCCGGGAGAGGCCCGAGCGCCUGCGGGGCCAGCAGCGUGACCGACAGUGCCGAGUCCGAGGCGUCCGACUCGGCCAACACCGAGAGCCGAGGCUGCAGGACCAGCGGCUCGAGCGAGUCCAUGGAUGCCCUGGAGGAGGAUGACUUGGACGCCUGCUCCUCCAGCAGGUCCGGCUUCUUCCACUUCGGCUUCCCGGAGAGAGGCGAAUCUGACAGCCAGGAGGAGAGGAGCAGGAUAGAGACCAGCGGCUUCCUCUGUCUCCUGGACCUGGCCCAGCGAGCCAGCCCUCAGCCCCAGAAGACGGAGCUCUCUGAGAGCCCCGCUCCUGGGACCUUCGGCUGGGCACCAGACCCCAGUGCAGCCCGGCUGGACCCCGGGCUGUACGAGGGCAGCCAGACUGACUACUACAGCCUGUGCUCCAGCGUCUCCCCGGCCAGGCACCUGAGUGACAGCUCAGACAGCACAGCUUCCCGGCAGGGUGGGGGCCCGCCAGCCUGGGGCCAGCAGGGCUGGUCUGAGGCCCAGCCCAGCUCCACGCUGGAGGCCCUGGGCCCUGCCUGCGAGGAGGGCAGCUCGGAUGAGGAAUACUACGAUGCAGCUGACAAGCUCACACCCCCAGACACCCUCUCAGGGCCCGGAGCUAUUUCUGCUGCAGAACCCAGUGCCACACGCACACAGAGUGAGGCUAGCUCCUGCAGCCCCGAGGACGGCCUGAGAACUGGACCGGACGGAAGAGAGGCACGCAGAAGGGGAGGGGUGAAAAAGUAUGCCAAGACCCUGAGAAAAAGAAGGUCUUUCCUACAGACCGACUACACCUGUCAGGUCUCGUUUCCCCUGGUGCCGUCAGCCUCCCUGGAGAACAUGGACGACGUGUGCUACUACGACAGGGAGCCCUACCUGGCCCUUGGUGCGCCCUCCCCAACUGUGUCCUCUCUGCAGGACGUGCAAGGCGAGCCCGGCCUCCUGGAGACCAAGGCCCUGGGGCUGCUGGCUCCCUUGAGGGAGGCCAAGAGCAAAAACCCAGCCGCCCGGGUCAUGGAGAUGGAGCCGGAGACCAUGGAAACCAAAUCGGUCAUCGACUCUCGAGUGUCUUCUAUUUCCGCCAUUCGCCUCCGGAUUGACCCCGGUCCUAAAGAGAAUUCUGGGGGUGCCCCUGUGCCUGCCACUGUUGCCAGUUGCCCAGCAAGCACCCCUAACUGUCCCAACCCAGGUUCAUCUGGCCCAGACACUGCUCAGACAGAGUCUUCCCAAACUUUAUCUGCAUUUCAAGACUCGGAUGGCAGUGCCCCUGAAGAACUCUCCAUGGAGCUUGAGGGCAGCACCUCCCCCCUCUCCAGUGCUGAGCCGAACACAGGCAGCGUCUGCCUGGCCAUCAGCCAGGGGCCACCUACUGUCUCUCCAGGAGACACACUAGAGCUGGGAGGAGUCCUGUUGGAAGCAGGAUUGGGAUCCCUGUUUACAAAUCCUACGCAAGAGACUGCCCCCCAAAACACCGAGCCCUUGUUGCCUCUUGGAGACAGGCCUGGAAGUGGUGAAUGUGGAAUAAAUUCAGGAGAGAAGGCAGCUCCUUUCCCAAUAAAGGAAGAGCAACAAGGACAACUAUCUCUGGACCGUGAUGGAGGAGUUACAAACAAAAAUGUCACCAACUUAUGUCAUGAUGAACCUGGCAAGGACCCAGGUGACCCUGAGGGUGAUGUGUCAAGUGCUGUUCCGCAGACGACUGGUGUCGGUGCUCCAGAUGGCGGGAUAGCAGCCUCCCCCUCCUUGGAGACUCCUGUAACAGGGACGGACCCGACCCCAGCACACUCCCCCGCCGAACGCCAAGGGCAACGCAGAGAAACCCCAAGCCAUGCCUGCCAGGCCCCAGAUCAAAAACUAUUGGCAGAGCUGGAUUUAGACCCGGAUUUCCUGCCUGAGAACCAGACCAUUCCAUCAGCCUCCCCUCUGGAGGAGGGCAAAGCAGAGCCGCUUAACCAUGUGACAGGGGAAGACACGGGCCCUAGAGACACCCCUCAGCAGGUCUGUUUUACUCCCAGGCCUUCUCCGCUACACCCACUCCCAUGUCCCCAAGGGGAGCCCCACUCAGAAGGUUCAACCCAAUGUUCACUGUCAGAAAGCAGAGACAAAACCCCUAGCAUCUGCCUCCCAGCUGAGAAGUCUUUCUUGUGCUUUUCCCCAGAAAGCCAUCCUAAAGUCUCUGCCAGUCUCAGGAUGGCCACAUCUCUGGGGUUUGCGGGGGUGAAUGAGACAGUGGCCCCCGGGAUUGGAAUGGAGCAGUGCAGCUGCCAGCUCUCCUAUGCCACCUGCUUCCGUGGCCUGCAGCCUGAGACAGAGGAAGAAGACAGGGACUCGGAAGCACCCCCCACCGCCCCCCUCACCUCACCGCCCUCUGCAGGAAGCGGGCUGGCCCUGCCCUGGAGGCCGGCCCGGGCCCACAGCUGCAGCGCGGAGCCCCUGUUGAGAAACAGCCACAUCUGGCCGGAGUACUGCUCCAGGGCUCUGACGCGGUUGAAAGCUGCCCCCGCCAGCACUCCCGAGGGCUUCAUCCGACUCUCGGAGAGCUUGCUGGAAUUACAAGACAUUUUAGAAGCUUCCUGGGGGAAUGGGGACAAGCACCCCCCAGAGAAGUGCACCUGGCACUUUUCUGAAAGCCGGAGCCACCUCUGCAUGGGCUCCCAGAAGCUCCUGUCCAGCUGUCAGCACGUGAUCAGAAUGGACCAGUCCCCCGAAGAGAUGCAGGGUGCCGUGCGCGACACCUUCCAGUACCUGGUCCAGCUGGCUGGCCUGUGCUUCCAGUUCACGGACUGCAGCCGCUGCUCCGCCCGGCACAGGGAGGCAGCCGGGAACCUCAGGGACGUGGUGUACACCUACCACCAGUUUGUGGAGGCCGCCAAGCUGACCUGCGAGAGAGGCUACCACGACCUGAGUGUGAAACUCUUGGCCCAUCAGUGCACGGCCCUCACGGCUGCCGUGUUCUGUUUGACCCAGAAGUUCCGGGCAUCCACUGCCCUGUGAGCAGGCUGGCUGCCCAGACCCCCGGCCCUGCCCUGGAUGCUUCCCGGGAAGCCUCUUCCGUCCCUCCACCCGCCCUCUCAGAUGUUUACUAUUUAGAGUAUUUAAAUAAACUGCUGCUUAAUCUU